AUGGAACCGAACGCGUACCCCAGAGUACCACCCUUCACUUGGGAGCCGGUUGAACCGCGGAAGCCUCUGCCCAUCUAUCCACCUCCAGAGCCAUUAGAAAGCCCGCCAGCUCUCCCUUCACCUCCCAGGAAACCGAUAUUCGACGCUCCAUAUACCCUUUCCACCCAUAUAUUCCCGGCAGCGUACCUCAGGAGCACCAGACUCGUUCCGGAGCCUCCUUCGCCUCCCUCAAAUGCCUCCAAGGCGGAGCGAAAGCGCGUCAUUGCUGAAGCACUUAGACAGCUGACUGCGUUACGCACGAGCAGAGUGACCGAAGGAUAUCCUAGGCUGCUGUGGAAUUGUGUCAACCGAUAUGUGAAGAAUGGGUUGAACGAGUCGAACCGGACAGGGGCCACUCUGUUCUUUGUGCAUGCAAAUGGCUUUCCGAAGGAGAUUUGGGAGCCUACCCUUGGCCUUUUGUUAGCUUCACCCACCGCAGGUUUUAUCGACGAAGCGUGGUGCUGGGAAUCCGUUCAACACGGGGAUGCAGCUCUGCUUAACGCGCACAUGGCAUCAGGGAUCUCGACAUCAGUCGCUCUACCUACUCAUUUACCUCAUGUUCCUCGUGAAGAAACAGACCACCGUAUCAAGAAUGGGUACAAGAACCGUAAAUUCGUCGCUGUGGGGCAUUGUUACGGUGGAUGCAUCUCUGCUUUAGCUGCUCAUCUCUACCCAACACUCUUCAGUGCUCUCAUUCUCUUGGACCCCGUCAUUUCCAAGCCGUUCGAGCACGAACCCAAGGGUGCUGCUUCGGCCCUCAACAGACAAGAGACUUGGUCCUCCAGGUCGGAUUUCCCCCCCAAGUCCAACACUUCGCUUCAUCUGAUACCUUGA